AUGUUGAGCUCUAACUUUCGUUAUUUCCAGAUCAUGAAAGUUAUUCCUAUGUCACACAUAUUGCAUUGCUAUUUUAUGCUUCACGAGAUAUUUGGAAGAGCUGUAACUGAAACCGAAAGGAGGACAGGUCGCCCUUCAUCUGUUGUGACAGUUUUGGACCUAAAAGGGUUGAAUUUAUCCGAGUUUCUCAAUCCCCUCUCAGCACCUGUUCAACUCGCACGGUUGGUAGUGAAA